AUGACUGCCACGGAUCCGAGCCACAUGGCGCGCGGAGAGCCCACCACCAAGGAAAAGCCAGCUAAGCCGUUCGCAGAGAAGGAGGGUGUGAUUGAAGGGAAGGCCGUUCUAGCGAAGCCAUCGCUGUUGCCGCAAGAGCCUCCUAACAAGCUUACAGAGCUCUUUGAUAAGGAGGGGCAAUCCCCGUGGAUUGACAACCUGACGCGUGAUUGGGUGGCAUCGGGUCAUCUCAAAGAGCUCGUCCGACGUGGCGUGAGAGGCAUCACCAGCAACCCUACUAUUUUUGAGAAGGCGAUCAGUGGGACAGACGUGUAUGACCAGCAGCUCCGGAACAUUUUGUUCCGCGAGGGGGUGCUGCUGGGGGGAGGGAUGUUGGAGAGCCAUGGGGAGGUGGAGAGGGGGGUGGUGGAGGGCGCUUACUGGGAGAUGGUGAAACAAGAUAUUGGCACUGCUGCUGCUUCGUUAGAAGAGCUGUUCCGUGAAUCUAACGUAUCCAAGUUUCAACCAUCUCUCGUCCAAUUGAUGCCUGCCACGUCAUCAGGUGGCGAUGGGUUCGUCUCCCUUGAAGUCUCGCCGAAGCUAGCGUACGACACGGCAGGUUCGGUGUCCCUGGCUCGGGAGCUCCAUGCUGAUCUGGCUCGGCCGAACCUGAUGGUCAAGAUCCCUGCCACCGAGCCUGGCGUGGCUGCGAUCCGAGAACUGAUUUCUCGCAUGACGAACAUAAAUGCAACGCUCAUCUUUUCUCUGACGCGCUACAGCGAGGUCAUGGAGGCUUACGUGGCAGGCCUGGAGGACGCCGUGGCAGCUGCCAACGUGGCAUCUGAGCUGUCAGCAGCCGCGUCUGACUCAGCAACAGGCGCCCUGCCACGUGUCAACCUCUCCUCAUUCUCCUCCGUGGCUUCGUUCUUCGUCUCUCGCGUCGACAGCGCUGUUGACAAGCGGCUCAAGGCCAUUGGAACAGAGGAGGCACGUGCGCUCCUGGGAAAGGCAGCAGUGGCACAGGCAGUGGUGGCAUAUGACAUGUUCAAGACCAAGUUCAGCGGUCCCAGGUGGAAGGCUCUCGAGCAGCAGGGAGCGCGGGUGCAGCGGCCGUUGUGGGCGUCGACAGGCGUGAAGGAUCCAUCGUAUCCGGACACAAAGUACAUCGACGCUCUGAUUGGUCCGCACUCUAUCAACACCAUGCCUGACGCCACCCUGCUCGCCUUUGCCGACCAUGGGGAGGUGAAGCGCACUGUAGAUGCUGACGUGGAUGCUGCCUAUGGUGUGCUGGAUCGUCUCAAGGCUGUUGGAGUGGACAUGGAGGAAGUUGCCAAGGCUGUGGGAGUGGACAUGGAGGAAGUUGCCAAGGAGCUGGAGGCCGAUGGUGUUGCCAAGUUUGCUAAGUCGUUUGAUGACCUGCUUGCUGCUCUCCAGCGCAAGGCCACCAUGAUACGUGGUGCAAGCAUCAACUAG